AGAAAAAAAUUUCCAAACAUUAUGUACAUAUUAAUAAUUAUUUUUAAAAACUAGUGUACUUGUAUGCAGUCAGUUCUGUGAUGUGGCGUGCAGUUAAAUUAGUUUACCCACAAUAUAUUAUUUAAAUUCGACUAUUUCUACUAUAAACUUGUGAAAACUCUUUUGGGAAUAUGGCAACUGCAAAUUAGGCCUGACUUUAUAGUUUGAAGUUGACAUUGACGUAAGAAUAUUUCACGAUGUUUGGAUUUUGUUUAAGUACCUACCUAAGUUUGUUAUCAAAUUUCACUUUACGAUAUUUCAGGCAUAAAAGUUUGGUAACAUGGUGGAACAUUAUAAAUAAAACCACAAUUUUGUGAUUUGCAAACCAAAUGAGCUAGAUAUUGCAAAAUUUUUUUGUGACAAGAACUUAUUCAUACAACAAAAAAACAUUCAAAAAUGGCAAGUGCAACAUCUCUUGAACCAAUGUUUUAUGAAAAUAUGACACCAUUUCCACCCGUUAUCAAUGGAAGAAUAAAUAUAGUGCAAUUCAUAGAAGCAGCAUCAGAUUUAGUGGCAUUAGUUGACCGUAUUGGAAAAGUAUUCGCGCCCGUGAAAUAUGAUAUGCAAGGAAACAUUGAUAAAAUAAAGAAAUGUUACAAAUUUGAUGACACAUCUUGUUUACUCGAGUUGAUGCUUGAAGAAGUAAGAAAUGGAAAACAUACAGCAGCUGAAGGGAUACUUUGGUUGAAUAGGGCAUUAUAUUAUUUUGAACUAGUACUACAAGAAGUUGUAAGACAUUUGAAAUCAAAUAACUAUGAUGUCAACAUGGACAAAAUAUUUAAUAUAGCUUAUGAAGGAUCUCUCAAGAAGUACCAUAACUGGAUUACACAACAAAUAUUUGCUGUCAUUUGUAAGAUGUCUCCUACACUUCCACAACUGAUGAAAUCAUUAGAUGUUGGUGAUGAUAUUAGACCAUUUGAAACUAAAAUAAAUAAUUUUAUAGUAACUAUUCAUUUGGUCAGAUGUAAAAUUGAUGAUUUUUUUAAGGAUAAUGACAUAUUUACUAAACCCAAAUAACAGUAAUAAUUCAUAUUAAUUAAAAUUAAACAAUGAUGUAAGUUCCAGUUCCAGACCCUUAAAAGUUAUGAGAUAGUAUUGGCUGAAUAAUUAAACUUUUCAGCCAUUUUUAAUGAAACAUUUUAAAUCAGCUGAUAAUAUUUUGUGACAAACUAAUAAGUGUUGUGUUGUCGUAAGUUAUCAAGUUGUUACUUAAUUUUCCAAAUGAUUUGUACCUUACUAAAGUAGUUUUAAAUUCUACAACUCACUACUACAACAAGAUUUAACUUUAAUAAUAAUUCAUAAAAACAUCCUAUGCUUUUUGGUGUAACAUCUUUUGUGUGUUUGUUUAUUAUUUUAUUUUAAUUUGUUUUUAUACAAAUGUGCAGUGCCUUCAGUAGUGCUAGCAAGGCAAAGUAUUAAUUAUUUAUAAUAAAGAACAAUAAACACACAGUAUUAAAUAAAAUGAAAUAUCUAUUUUAUAAAAAUGUUAUAUUUGAUACAAAACAAAUUUAUUUAAGUUUUUGUUUCCUAGAUAAACAUAAUAACAGAAAUGUUAGUAUGCAAACAUAUGAAUUUAAAGGUUGUAAAUAAAAGAAAGCUUAUUCUGCUAAUAUAAACAUGUAAAACAUAGUUUGCCUAAUUACAAACACUCAUGUUAAUUUACAAAUAUUCUAGUGUACAUACCAUACAUACCAUUUACCUAUACUUAAGUACAUUUUCGCUUUUAUUUAUUGUACCUUAAACACUUUACCAUUGUGAUCAUAAGUACAUUUUGCCUUAAAUUUAAAUAAAAAUGUGUUUGUGUGUGUAUUGAAAUGUUGUGAAACAACAAAAUAAAUUAUUUCAGAAAAUAAGUAUAU